GGGUGUCGGCAAUUCUAUAAAUAACGCUCUGUUAUUAAAAUUUAAAAUACCUUCACUUCACUUUCCAGUUCUGAAUAACACUACUUCUCGUCGGAAAAAAUGGCGCUUAAGGUCCACGGAGCCAUACAAUCGCCGGCGGUGUUGAGAGUCGUGGCUUGCCUCAAGGAGAAAGAGCUCGAUUACGAGUUUGUCAAUGUUAACAUGCAAACCGGAGAACACAAACAACCACACUUCCUUGCCAUCAACCCGUUCGGUCAAAUUCCGGCAUUCGAGGAUGGAGAUCUGAAACUCUUCGAGUCGAGGGCGAUUACACAAUACAUCGCGCACACGUAUGUUGACAAGGGGACGCAGCUGAUCGUCCCAGAUCACAAGAAGAUGGCGAUCAUGUCGGCGUGGAUGGAGGUUGAGGCUCAGAAAUUCGACCCUGCAGCUACCAAGCUCGGCUUCGAGAUCGUUAUAAAGCCGAUGCGUGGCAUGACGACGGACGAUGCGGUGGUGGCGGAGUACGAGGAGCAACUAGGCAAGGUCCUCGAUGUCUACGAGGCACGGUUGAAGGAAUCGAAGUACCUAGGCGGAGACUGCUUCACUUUGGUCGAUCUUCACCACAUUCCUCUCAUAAACUACCUCAUGGCUACUAAAGUUAAGGCCCUGUUUGAUGCACGCCCAACAGUUUCCGCAUGGGUCGCCGAUAUUUUGGCCAGGCCUGCCUGGGCAAAGGUUCAAGAAUUGCUCAAAGAGAAAUAGGGAUAAUCUCAAAUCACAUAUUGAUAUAGGAGUUGCGGGCUUUCCCAUAAAUCAAACCAUGAUGGCCUGGCGGCUUGUUAUUUUUCGACUGUUUAUGUUUUGGAGGUUUAUCUUAUUAUCUUGUAGUGUGUAUGUUCUUGGUUGUGUGGAUUUCUAAAUGUUAGAUUAAGCUGGUGUAUCAUGUAUGUAUGUAUGAGUGCGUUAUUGCAAUAAUAAUGUUGUUGAAAUAAUUAAGAAAACUGAUGAUUAA